UGAGGAAGACAACAAAGUCAGGGAACACGUGGCCAUCCAGUGGUUUAGUGUAUUUAAAUUAUCGUGAAUUAAAUCCCUUUGUAAUAUUGGUUGAAAAUUAAAUAAAUGUUUCUGUCUAAGGAUCAGACCGACAAAACCAAUGUUACUUGCAUAAGGAAUAGAACAGAUGUUAUAUAUAACUUCAAAGUCUCCUUUUUCGCUAUGGGCCUACUGCCCAAUUUCCCAUGGAAUUUCCUUGAUAGGGAGCUCGAGAACGACAGCUCAUCAGAAAUUAUUCUAGACAUUCUAAAGCAGACAUGCCUUCAUCCAAUGUGCUGUAAACAUCCUCCCUCAGUUAGAUACAGGAGACUGUUUCUGUCUCAGCUCAUCAAAAUGCAUGAAGCCAGUGAGAGUGAGCCCCUGGAUGAGCUCUAUGAUGCACUGGGUGAAGUCCUGGGGGUAGAGGAGGGGACAGAGUGUUACAAGAGCUAUUUACUGCCGUGUGGAGAAGCAGUGAGUCUAUCAGAGAGUACAGCUGUGAUCUCUGAAGGAACUACAGGCCUGGUCACAUGGGAGGCUGCCCUCUAUCUAGCUGAAUGGGCUCUGGAGAACACACACAUCUUCACUGGCAGGACAGUCCUAGAGCUGGGCAGUGGUGUAGGGUUCACCGGUAUAGCAGUGUGUAGGUCCUGCAGUCCCACCAGGUACGUGUUCAGUGACUGUCACCUCAGCGUUCUACAUAGACUGAGGGACAACGUCCAGCUCAAUGGGCUGGACAACCAGAACUCUCCCAGAGUGUCGGUGAGUGUGGAGGAUCUGGACUGGGAUGCGGUGACAGAGAAGCAGCUCAGAGAGAUCGGAGCCACCACGGUCAUCGCUGCAGAAAGUUCUGGAAUACAACAUGACUUCAUGACAGGACCAGUGACCCGUGUGUUCCUUUACAACAGACAAGCCACCAUAGAGAUUAUCAAACUCUACAUAUAAUAUCUGCAUCCCAAGACGAUACGACACCAAGCCAGACAUUUAUUACAG